AAAAGCGGCCCCAGCGCCCAUCUUCGUCAACCUUGCAAGUUAGUCGCGCUCACCGCAAAUCACCAUGACUCUCGCCGUCGACCUUUUGAAUCCUUCCAUCGAGGCCGAGAAGAGGAAGCACAAGCUCAAGCGUCUUGUGCAGUCGCCCAACUCGUACUUUAUGGACGUCAAGUGCCCUGGCUGCUUUGCCAUCACCACCGUCUUCUCGCACGCCCAGACCGUCGUCAUCUGCGGCUCGUGCGCCAGCGUGCUUUGCCAACCCACAGGCGGUAAGGCAAGAUUGACCGAGGGCUGCAGCUUCCGCCGAAAGUCGUAAACUGCCUUUCCCUUGCUGUGUAUCUUCAUUUCCAUCGCUGUCAGCACCGCACUGUCCUGGUUGUAGCACAUUCGUCAAUCUAUCAUUAUCUCUCCAGCCGUGGGUGGAUAUGUGGUAGUUAGACUUUCCAUCGCCACAAGCGUGAACUGUGCCCAUGUCAUGUAACCAUGCAUCCGAAUCCAUAUGCAUAAGUCGCUCUCUC